AUGGAGUCGCACGGCGGAGGGCCACUUCGUUCCCGCAGUUCCCAGUCCCCUUCUCCUUCCCACUCCGCCUCAGCCUCCGCCACCUCUUCCAUCCACAAGCGCAAGCGCGCGUCUGAAGACCACGCGCCUCCCUUCCCGCCCUCUUCCUUCUCCGCGGACACCCGCGACGGCGCCCUCACCUCCAAUGACGACCUGGAGAGCAUCUCCGCUCGCGGCGCCGACUCCGAUUCCGACGACGAUUCCGAGGACGCCGUCGUCGACGAUGAUGAGGACGACUACGAUAAUGACUCCUCCAUGCGCACAUUCACCGCCUCCAGGCUCAGUAACCCUCCCUCUGCUCCCCGAAAUACCAAGCUCAAGACUGAAAACUCCGCCGUCAAAAUUGAGAACUCCGACAGCGCAAAAGACGCUGGAAGCGCUGGAGCGGGUGCCGCCGAGGCCGUUGGAUCCGUCCCUGGCAUUGUGGUUAAGGAGGACCCUACUAAGAUUUUUACUGAUAAUUUGCAAACGAGUGGGGCUUACACAGCUAGGGAAGAGAGUCUCAAGAAGGAGGAGGAAGCAGGAAGGCUUAAAUUCGUAUGCCAUUCAAACGAUGGUGUUGAUGAGCAUAUGGUUUGGUUGAUUGGAUUGAAGAAUAUAUUUGCUAGACAACUUCCCAAUAUGCCAAAGGAGUACAUUGUCCGGCUUGUAAUGGAUAGGAGCCAUAAGUCUGUGAUGGUUAUACGGCGGAACCACGUUGUUGGGGGCAUUACAUAUCGCCCAUAUGCUAGCCAGAAGUUUGGUGAGAUAGCCUUUUGUGCAAUUACAGCUGAUGAGCAAGUAAAGGGUUAUGGUACCAGAUUGAUGAAUCACUUAAAACAGUAUGCACGUGAUGUGGAUGGGCUGACACAUUUUCUCACAUAUGCUGACAACAAUGCAGUUGGCUAUUUUAUCAAACAGGGAUUUACAAAAGAGAUUCACUUGGAGAAAGAUAGAUGGCAAGGUUAUAUAAAGGAUUAUGAUGGAGGAAUUCUCAUGGAAUGCAAGAUAGAUCCAAAGCUCCCUUACACUGAUUUGUCUACUAUGAUCCGGCGUCAAAGGCAGGCUAUUGAUGAAAAAAUCAGAGAGCUGUCAAACUGUCACAUAGUCUAUGCUGGAAUUGAUUUUCAAAAGAAAGAAGCUGGCAUUCCUAAAAAAAUUAUUGAUGAUAUCCCUGGUUUGAGUAAGUACUUAAUUCCCAAUCUGAGUUCCAGAAAUUAUUUGUGCUUGGUAGCUGUGUAA